AUGAUAAAUCUCGCAACCUCCGCCGGAGCUCCGGGGACUCUAAUCGACCGUUUGGCGGCGGACUUCGAUAGGUGCGAUACGGAGAGGGGUUUACCGACGGUGGAGCUUCUCUGCCGGAUCCCGGAAAGAUGCGCGGCGUUCGGAGAGCAUGCUUUGAUGGUGCCGCUUCUUGUGAAGAUGAUCUUGAGAGUGUCGGAUAGAGCGACGGAGUAUGCGGCGGGAGCGUUGCUGGCGUUAUGCACGGCGGAGGAAAGGUGUAGAGACGAGGCUGCGGCGGCGGGAUUGGUGACGCAGUUGCUGCUUUUGGUGCAGAGUGAUUGUACGGAGAGAGCGAAGAGGAAAGCUCAGAUGCUUUUGAAGCUUCUCGGAGAUUCUUGGCCGGACGAAACUGUUGUGAACUCCGACGAGUUCGGUCGUAGCGAAGUGGGGCUGUUUUGA